AUGGAAAUUGACCUGGAUCCUUCAGAAUUCGAUUUAAGGGCCAAUUAUUUGGCGGCAAGCAUCAAAUCUUACAUAUCCAGCUAUGACAAAAGCAUACUAUCGAGGGAGCUAAAAGUUCAGUUGCACCUUCACUCUACAGAAGAUAAGAACGAGAAUGGCUUGAAAGACAGCGUGAGUAUGAAGCAAAUACGCUACAAAGAGGAAGACUAUGUGAAGCAACUUGAUAUUUGCAACGAACUAUGGUAUUUUUGCAGGUUAAUGAACGAACUACAGCCAUUGCAUACGAUUGGAGGGGACCCAAGUAAGGAUGAUUGGAGACAGGUGAAUUUUGAGGAAUGCGUUCAAUCCUUCGUAAAGCUGCAGCUCAGAUUGAGUGAUAUAGCGGAAUCUUUGAAUCUGAAAGACCAGUAUGUAAAAAUCUUUGAUGUGCUCGGAGUGAAGCUUCAGGAGUAUGAGGAGAAGAUACUUGAAUUGGUGCGUCUUUAUCUGAAGGACUAUUUUGAAUUUGGAAAAGAUUUGUCUUUCAAGUUUCACGAAAUAGCGGAAAAUCUGACGUUUCAGCAGUUUCUUAAAAGCUGCUUUGAUUAUACAAACAGUGUCGACACUGAUUUAGGGCGUCUUUUCAAUUUCAACAGGAUGUUCAACGAUUGGACCACUGCUGUAUUGAAAAAGUUUGAUGAGGGAUUCACCUUUGAGAUAUUGGUGACGAAAGAAUCGGUUGGAGCUGAGAUUGUCGUUUGCAAGUCCAAUUUUGAGUCGUAUAUACACUCGAUCGAGAGAUUGAUUGAGUUUUUCAACGCCUUUAUGAAAAACAACAACUCUAGGACCAAUUACAAUGCACUCCGAAACGUGAAAGCUGUUGCUGGGAAAAACAUAUUGAAAGUUCUUAAAGCAAAGAUGUUUUCCGAGGAGAAUAUCUAUCCACUAAUAGUGGAUAGAGUUGCUGAUUCCAAAGCUAAUGCCCCUAUAAGGGGAAAACUAGACAAAAUAUCAAAACUUCUUUCUCAAGAAGGAUGGGCUAAAGAUGGCAUUUGUGAUUUGGAGUUUUGGAUGGAUGAUUUGGGAAGUACAUGGGUUAAUGAUCUUGUAGGGAAAACAAUGGACGAGCUCAAAAAUAUUACCUUGAGUAUAAGAUUUGACGGUGAAAAGAGUAUGUUCAAAAGUGAAAAACUUGUGAUAGAAGAAGUCGAACUACCCAAGAAGAAAUCUGGGCAGAAAAGAGCAUCCCAAGAAAAAACCGAUGAUUGGAAUAAUGCUUGGGGAGGAGAUAAUGAAGAUGACGAUGCAUGGGAAGAUGAGAUCAAUUUGGACUUGAGUGAAAAAACUGAGCUGCAAACUAAUGCUGCUGGCAAUGAUGAUGACGGCUGGGAUGCUUGGAACGAUGACGAUGACAAUUGGGGUGGAGACGGAUCCUCCAAGAAUGUCAUUUCAAAAACUUCAAGUGGCCAUCAAUCGUUGACCUACAAGCGUACCACGAUGACUGAUGGCAUCCUGAAAAUCAUUGAUGAUUACUAUUUACAUUUGACAGAACUUCAGCGUCAGGCUCAUGACAUCAAUAAUAGCAGUCUGGAAGACAUAGUGACCCAGUUCAGAAGCGGACGUAAAAAGUUGAUCAUUUGUUAUUUUAUGAUUGUUAGUGCGGAAAUAGACCGGUUCUAUCCUUCGGCAAUUUUGUUUUACAAUGAUUUGAAUAAGAUCAUUCAAUAUACUUCAGUCAAGUAUCAAGUGGAUCUCAGUUCGUGUUUCAAACUAAGUUACGAGAUUGUGUCAUUGUUGACGACAGAUCUCUCUUCCAGUCCAUGCCAAGUUAUACAAAUGUAUAGUGGUAUUUUCUUUGAGGACGGAUUCGACGAUUUGACAUUACGGGUUCGCAAAGUACCUGAAUUCUUAGCUAAAAUGCGCUUGGAAUUUGAUAAACUACAGACAAUAGCGUUGUCUCAGAUGGAACUCAAUCAGAAGCUUGUUACGAGCGUAUAUUUAACAAUUUUGAGUAAGGUUUAUGAUGGUAUUAGUACUAAACUACUAAAGAGAAAAGAGAUAGGCUCGGAUGAAUGUGACGUUAUUGGCGAUCUUAUCGACAAAAUCGUGGAGAUGACAACGAUCUCUUCGUCUGUCGUGACUCCGAUGAUUUCAAAGAUGCAAAGCUAUAACAAGUUGGAGCAGACAAAAUUAGUCGUUGUGUCUAGUUUGAAGACAAUUCUACAGGAUUUCUGCGAUGCGAAGUUCUUUGAACUAGAAACUUCGGAGAUGACCAAUUUAAUCAAAGCAUUAUUUGUUGAAAGUGAGAAGAGACAGGAGGUGAUAGACCAGAUAGUCACUAUAAGAAGUGCCCAAUGA